AUCCGUCCAUCCUCGACACGUAAGAUCUGGAUGAACACAAGAAGAAAACAAAAAUCCCCUGGAAAUACGAUAAGAGCGUGGCCAAGUCUUCGUCGAACGGCAUCUUUCUUCCUCCUCUUCCAAAAGCAUAUAAUAGAAUCAUGUGAUGGUGCUUGAUCUGAACCACUUCGAGACAGCAAGAGAGAGAUGGGGAAGGGGGGAAGUCCCAUGAGAGCUCGGCAGAAGAUGCGCAGGAAGAGAACAUGGCAGCAUGGCUGGUUGCCGUCAACACCCUGAAGAUCCAACCCUUCAAGCUUCCGCCCCUUGGUCCCCAUGACGUUAAGGUGAGGAUGAAGGCAGUGGGCAUAUGCGGAAGCGAUGUUCAUUAUCUCAAGACGUUGCAAUGUGCACAUUUUGUGGUUAAGGAGCCAAUGGUUAUUGGGCACGAAUGUGCUGGAAUUAUUGAGGAAGUGGGUAGUGAGGUUCGCAAUGUCGUCGUCGGGGAUCCUGUGGCAAUAGAACCAGGCAUCAGUUGUUGGCGCUGUGACCACUGUAAAAGUGGUCGAUACAAUCUGUGCCCAGAUAUGAAGUUUUUUGCAACACCUCCAGUUCAUGGAUCUUUAGCUAAUCAGAUUGUGCAUCCGGCUGAUCUCUGUUUCAAGCUGCCUGAUAAUGUAAGCUUAGAGGAAGGGGCGAUGUGCGAACCACUAAGCGUUGGUGUACACGCCUGUCGGCGUGCUAAUGCUGGUCCAGAGACAAAUGUACUGAUCAUGGGUGCUGGCCCCAUUGGCCUCGUGACCCUUCUCGCAGCUCGAGCUUUCGGUGCUCCACAUAUAGCUAUUGUUGACGUAGAUGAGAAAAGGCUGGCUGUUGCCAAAUCCAUUGGUGCAGAUCUUUGUGUCAAAAUCACUACAGAUACUCAGGAUGUGGAUGAAAAUGUUACUCGAAUACAGGAAGCCAUGGAUGGAGAGAUCGACAUCACAUUCGAUUGUGUGGGCUUCACCAACACCAUGUCAACUGCCCUCAAGGCUACUCGUGCAGGUGGUAAAGUCUGCCUUGUGGGUAUGGGCCAUAAUGAUAUGACGGUGCCCCUUACUCCUGCUGCUGCAAGGGAAGUAGAUGUCAUCGGUGUGUUUCGCUACAAGAACACUUGGCCUCUCUGCAUCGAGUUUUUGAGAAGUGGAAAGAUCGAUGUGAAGCCUUUGAUCACCCACAGGUUUGGUUUCUCACAGCAGGACAUUGAGGAAGCCUUCGAGACAAGUGCUAAAGGAGGUAGUGCUAUCAAGGUGAUGUUCAACCUGUAGCAGUAAAUGUGUUGGAUUGCAGAUGUGUAAUGGUCACUGGACUAUUUAGACUAAUGCUCAUAACCCAUGAAGGGACAGUUGCAGUUCUCCCUGCCAUGGCUGGUUAGGCUGCUUGUUUGAGAGAGAUUAUGCUUAUUAUGGAGAUGGAACCACCGCCAUGUAGAUGUGGUUUCCUGGUGAAUAAAACGUUAGCUUAUUGUCA